GUUAGUUAGGUGGUCAGCCGCGAAAGCGACGGGUGCUAACGCGUACAGUCUAGUCAACGGCGAUGUGUUUUUCGGCGCGCGUGUUAUUUCUCUUCCAGGAUUUAUAAUCGUGUACAAUAUCGUCGUCGGAAGAGCGUUUUGUAUACGUGGCUGACAGAUGGACGGAAACUGAACGGUUUUGCAAAUCGUCCGAGAAGCCAAAUAACAAAAAGCUCGAAAGGAAAGAAGAUAAAGGGAGAGAGAGAGAAAGAGAGCGGGACGCAGUGUGUCGUUGAUCGUGUAGAAACGAUCGAUUGGUAACUGGGAUCAGUACUGGUCGAUAUCUGAUCGAUGAAAUUCCAUCGACAUCACGGGAAGCUUGCAGUGGAUCGCGGUUCCACGCGCGAUCAGGAAAUAACGGAAACAGGAAAGCACGAUACACCCGUGCCAGCGACGCUAUCGUUUUUCAAGCGCAACGAAGACGGAGCAAGCAACGAAACAGAUAGGAAGUUGGAAAGGCAGAAGCAGAUAGAGAAAACGGUUACGGGGGAAACGAUGGUUGCACGAGCCGAAGCGAAGUAGGAGGAAGAGGAUCGGUGGAGAUCUUGGAACGAGAGGAGGGGGAAAUCGAGUGACCGAGGGAGUAAGAGAGGGAGAGAGCGAGAGAAACUCGCCGAGAGUUAAGCUAUCUAGUAAAAUAAACGGACCAAGCCGGACCGAAGGUUUUCUACUAAAAGACGGCAUGAAGUGUCAAACGGAUUUUGUUGUUCCUGUAACCAGUGACGCGUAUACCAUCCAUCCACGACUAUCCGAUCGGCCUAGGACUUAACGCGACGAAUUCGUUCGACCGACGCGACGAUUCUACUGCCGCGCCCCCUUCUCCAUCGUCAUCGCGUCUGUCGUUCUCGUCUCCUUUCGCUUUUCUUUUCCAUAUUUUCAAUCGAUCCAUCGUCCGGCGAAUCGAUCCGUCCUGCUUGUCGUACGUCACGAUCAGCAUCGAGAUCCACCGUACAAGCAACGUUCCGAGGAUCAUGGACGACGAGAAAAUCAAGCUAUUCAAGGACAAGGCUAUAUAUGGGUAUGGGACGAGCAUACCACCGAAUAACAACGAGGUCGAGGAGAACGAUGUGACCUCUAGAAAAGUAAUCUUUUGCGUCCACGGGAAACUAUCGGGUUGUUGCACGGUCGUGAAGGGCGCGUCGAUCGACGAGAAUGGAAUCGGCGAUCUCCAAAAAAGUUCUUCCACCGUACCGGAAGAUCAUUGCCAUAGAGAAAGAGACGAGGAGAUCGAUAAAAAGGCAAGAAAGAAAUUACUGCUUGCUAGCGCGCUAUGCGUAAUUUUUAUGAUAGCAGAAAUCGUAGGUGGUAUAUGGUCAAACAGUUUGGCGAUCGCGACGGACGCAGCGCAUCUGUUAACCGAUUUCGCGUCGUUCAUGAUCUCCCUGUUCUCAAUAUGGGUUGCGAGCAGACCAGCGACACGGAAGAUGCCUUUUGGCUGGUACAGGGCGGAAGUAAUAGGAGCUUUGACUUCGGUUCUACUCAUAUGGAUAGUGACUGGAAUCCUUUUUUAUUUGGCAGUCGAGAGGAUAAUCCACAAAGACUUCGAAUUGAAUGUCACUGUCAUGUUGAUCACCUCUGCCAUUGGCGUUGCGAUCAAUCUAGUAAUGGGUUUGUCGUUACACCAGCAUGGUCACACACAUGGGCAUGGACACGAACACGAUUCGCACAAAACGAACAACGUGGAAAAUGGAAAAAUUGGCGAAGAUUUUCAUCACGAUAAGAAAAAUAUUAAUGUACGCGCUGCCUUUAUCCACGUUGUAGGGGAUUUCAUUCAGAGCGUAGGAGUGCUGGUUGCAGCGUUAGUUAUUUACUUCAAGCCAAAUUGGAGCAUAGUCGAUCCAAUUUGCACCUUUUUAUUUUCGAUACUGGUGAUGCUAACCACAGUGGCAAUAAUCAAAGACGUGAUGAACGUUUUAAUGGAAGGAAUUCCGAAGGGAUUCGAGUAUUCCCAGGUGGAGAGUACGUUUAUGCAAAUCGAGGGUGUGGUCAAGGUGCACAAUCUUCGUAUCUGGGCGCUCUCGUUGGAUAAAACAGCGCUUUCUGCUCAUCUCGCGAUAAAACCAGGGACAAGUCCUCAAGAUAUACUACGCACUGCAACGAGAAAUAUUCAUGACAAGUACAAAUUUUUUGAAAUGACCCUCCAGAUAGAGGAAUUCGACGAACGAAUGGAAAACUGCAAACAGUGUAAGGCAUUGUCACAAUAAUUACAAAUAUUUCUAUACCUAGCCACAUAAGGAGAUAACCGAUCGUGCCUUUCAACAAGGAUAACCAUUGAAAGUUGUCUCUACCGAUGAUUUGGUGAAUUUUCAAUCGAUCGGAAACGUGGUGGCAAAAGAGAAACUUAACUUAAACCUCGCAAAGGUUGCAAAUUACAACUUGAAAGAAUAAUGUUUACACGAACGCGUCUAAUCGAUUUCAUCGGUGAAAGUUACUUAUCAGGAAAAUAUCCAUUAUUACAGUUUUAUUUAUUUUGUAAGUGAAUUUUAGCGAAACGAUCGGGUAACAGUUGUACAGUAUCGAGUAUGGUAUCCUCAGGACUUCCCCAGAAAAGAUAACAAUGCUCUAGGCAUCCAUCCUUCCCCUUACGCGGCUACGGGGAAACUGCCGGCGUAAGGGAGAGAGCCUCCUUUAUAUAAGUCUGCGGCGGACCACUCACUUGCGCAUGCGCACUUACGCGGGAGAAUUUGAAUUAAUACUUAUGGAAGCCAACUUUGCUCGAUUCUUUACAAUCGUGAAUUCGUUUAUCGAAUACCCGCUUUACGUGAAACUUUGAUAAAUAUUGUUAAACAAAAUAUCGUACAGUUGUACGGAGAUGAAAUUAAAACAAAUAAAAAUCCUAUAUUUAAA